AUGGCCGCCCCAAACCCAGCGAACGUCAACACACAAAAUCAAGGCCAGUGUACGACCCAAGGAGCGACUGUACCCACUCUAACUGCGUUGCAAUCUGACACAGCGGUUCAGGAGGAGCUUAAAGCCUUAGAAGAGUCACUAGGGGACCCAAUUCAUCUUGGUCUUUCUGACGAAUUGGCGGAUCCAGCGCAAAAACUACUGGAACCCAGCACCACCCCCAGAGGUAAGCGUCCCCUGCUAAUUCCAGAUUUUGUCAGUUCCCUCCCAGUUGUUCUGGAAGAGGACCGGGAGACUGUGCGUGGCGCUUCUGGUGGCGCUCAAAUCAUAUUUAAGACUAGCCAUGAGAAAAAGCCCCCGCUCAACAACAUCACCUUUCCACAAUGGUCAGCAGAAAAAUUCAGGAUCAUGCACACACUUGCCAAAGAAGGUGCCUUGUCAACUAUGUCAGACAUUAUGAAUUACAUAUCAUAUAGCACCAAAGUCUCAGAGCUGGCCAAGACUUACCUGAUAGCCCGUGUCGUCCACUAUGAUGACCUUUAUCGACGAAUGCAAUUCGCCACUGGUUGUAAAUGGGGUACAGAGAGGCAGCUUAUCUACCAGCAAUCCCUCCACAAGCCUGACACCAACCAGCCUGGCUCAACCAAACAAGCAAACCGUCCUCCAGGUAGAUCAACUUCAACUAUCAACCCGACCACAGGCAAGCAGGUGUGCUAUGACUUCCAAUGACGACAAGGCUGCAGGUAUGGCACUGCUUGCAAGUAUGACCAUGUUUGUAUAAAGCCACAGUGUUUGGGGGAUCACCCCCAGUGGAAGCACACAGCUACUCACUACCCCCAAGCCUGAACACACACUCGCCUGCAGAGCUAUUUCUCAAUUCUUUAGUGGAACCACUUGCAGGGGAUAGCUCGACUGCAUCACCUAUAGCAGGGAAAUACCCAUACAUUAGUUUAGAAACAGCAGAGGUGUGUUACUGA